AUCACCUGACUGAACCAGGGACCGAAGUUUUACCAAGCCAGUUAUCUCUUAAAUCAGACAACGUGGCUUCAGGGAGCUGUAAAGUAACUAACUGCUUUAUUAAAGGCUUUAUAGAAACAUUUUUUUUAAAUGUCGGUCCUGGUUUGCGGUCCCAAACUGGCCACUUGUGGAAUUGUAUUUAGUAUUUGGGGUGUCAUCAUGUUGGCAAUGCUUGGAAUAUUUUUCAAAACCCAUUCGGCAGUGCUGAUUGAGGAUGUGCCUCUGACAGAGGAGGACAUGGCCGGAGAUAACCUAACAAACGUCUAUGGCCUCUACGAUCAAGUGGGCUACAACUGUUUUGUAGCAGCGGGCAUCUAUGUGUUGGUAGCAGCCUUCUCCUUCUGCCAGAUGAAACUCAACAAGCGAAAGGAGUACUUGGUGCACUAGUAGCCCCCUGCUGGACUGAGGAGUUGUAAGGUUCACAUUUGUAAGGAUGUAUUUGGAUGGUUUGAUGAUAUCCACCAUAUAUUCUCCUUUUGAUGUUCUCCUCACCCAUUAAGUUAUGACUCCACACAGAGGCUCUUAAGCAGAGCUUACAAAAAAGGAGAUUAGAGGUAAUUCUGGAUGCAGCUGAAGAUUGCUGGUGUAGGUCUUUGCAUUUUGUGAGUGCCAGCAUAUAUUUAUGUUUAAGAAAAGACCAAUUCAAAAUUCUUAAUCACAGAUUCAUUACUGUCAUUAUUUGAUUUCUAAGAAAAAGUAAGUUACUCAAUUUGUGUUUUUCCCUGGAAUCUGAAUACAUAAUUAAAUAAGUUAAAUUCAUCUUGUCAACCAUUUCAAAAUGUUUAAAUGUUAAGAAUCUUGUUCUUAUAGUGCCUUGUUCUUAUCCAUGUUUUCCAACUGACCACUGUAAAUAAACAUUGUGCUACCAA